UACAGAAAAAAGUUUGAAGUUCGGACCCUUGGUUAAGCCCAAAACAGUUUUCUCUCCGGAAACCACAAAAAUAUAAAAAUCCAACCUUUUUCCAAGAAACCAAACAGAUCUCAAGACUCCCCACAGCAAAUUCGUCAAUGGCUUCGUCAGGAAAAUCGGUGAUCCAAACCCUAAAGUGCUUCAUGAAGAAGCCGUGGGAGUUCACUGGACCACAAACAAGUCCAGAAUAUCUAUCCGCUGUACCCAAGGCAACUGAUUACAGGCUCUUCUGUCCGGCCACAGCUCAAGCUAAGGCCAUCGUACCCACAUCCAAUCCUGAAACCGUGUUCGACAUCAAGUACUAUUCGCGUGACCAGAGACGUAACCGUCCUCCAAUUAGGCGUACUUUCCUCAAUAAAGCUGAUGUUGAGAAGCUGAUGAUGGAGAAGAAGACUUUUGAUGUCAAUGAUUUUCCUCAGCCUUAUUUGACUGCUAAGAUUGAAGAGGAUAUGGAUGCUAUUGGUGGUGGAUACCAGAAAUGAAGGUAAGGAAUCUCGAUUAUAGGGUCUCUUUAUC